AUGAAUGAAGCUUAUUUAGAAGUAUAUUCUUUGAAAGAAUUAUGUCUAGCCCCUAUAGAAACAAUAAUAACAUUGUUUACUGUAAAAUAUUGUGAAUCUAAAAUUAAUAUUAAGCUUGUACCAAGUAAACAAAAACUUCUUGAACGAGCAUACACUAUAGAUAUUUCCACUUUUGUAUAUGAAAUAAUAGAUUUAAAUAAAAUUCCAUAUCCUGCAAUUUCAUGUGAAUUGCCAAUUAUCGUUAUAAAUAAAGCUAGUUGCAUCGCAGGUCUUUGCGCGAUAUUACGACAAAUAAUUAAAGAUGUCGCGGCAGAAUGCCCAACACAUUAUUGUCGGAAAUUGUUAGGAUUCAAAGAUUCUUGUCUAACCGCUUGUUCAGAAGCAAGUGUUUGGACGAAAUUUUGCGAAGUAGAUUUAAUUCUGACUGUAAAAUUUUUACAUACGGAUGAUGCAAUGCAAAAUAAAUUGCCUUCCAGUAUGGCAAGAUUUGAGCGACAUUUGUCGCAACCAGUUAGAUUACACAAUCUGUAUAAAUAUAUUAUGUCUAAAAAAUAUUCAGAUGAAAAUAUAAUUUCGCAAAACGGAACACUAGAACAUACAUAUGCUGAAGGUUCAUACAUGACCUUGGCAGAUAUAAUUAUAUUUGUAUGUACUCAUAUUUUAUUAACUGUAUUUUCGAAUGAAACAGUAAUGAAAUUACUUCCAUUGACUGAUAAAUGGUACAAAAGAAUGCUUAAAAAUCAAAUUAUAUCCAAUUGUCUUGAAUGUUUGCCAUUGUUAAAAAAUCAAGAUAUAAAUAAGUUCAAUUAUACACUUCCUGAUGUAGCAAAUGAAAGUCUGCAUCAAAGAUAUAAACCAAAAAAUCGAAUUUAUACAAAGCAAGAAGAUGUGGAGCACUCGUUACGAUUAUUCAAAACCUUAAACAUACAAACUAAAUUCGAUUUGAAACCAUUUGGUGCGGAAUUAGAUCUUGAUUGGUCUUUAGUUCCAUAUGAUGCCACUCCAGAAGGUGGUUCUUUGCCACCUUCGCGUUUAGAAAAGAAGCAUGAGCAAUUACAAAAUAUGUGUAAGCCUGUUAUAAAAUUGGCAAAAAAAGGAGAUAUAAUUGUAGAUUUUUGUUCUGGUAGUGGUCAUUUAGGUAUCUUAGUUGCGCAUCUUUUGCCGUAUUGUACUAUAAUAUUAUUAGAAAAUAAGGAGAAAUCGUUGAAUAGAGCUAAAGAAAGAGUGAAUAAAUUAAAAUUAUCAAAUAUAAAAUUUUAUCAAUGUAAUUUAGACUAUUUUAAAGGUCACUUCGACAUUGGUAUGUCAUUACAUGCAUGUGGAGUCGCAACUGAUUUAGUUAUAAAACAAUGCAUCAAAGAAAAAGCUAUCUUCGUAUGUUGCCCUUGCUGUUAUGGAUCAUUGCAUAAUUGUGAUCAUUUGAAAUAUCCAAGGAGUGAUAUUUUUAGGGAUGAAAUAGAUAAGGAAAGUUAUAUAAUUCUCAGUCACGCUGCUGAUCAAACUCACGAUGAAAAAAAUAUCAAAACAAAUCAGGGAUACGAAUGUAUGACUAUUAUCGAUACUGAUAGAAAACUACAGGCUGAACAAUGUGGUUAUAGAGUGUAUCUUUCUAAAUUCAUACCGAACACAUGUACACCAAAAAAUCAUAUAUUAGUAGGUAUUCCUAAAAAAGAAAAUGUUGAAUCUGUAAGUUAAUUGUGUGUUACAUAUUUACGAUUUAUAUAUUUAUGAUAAUUUUGAAUACGAUUCGAUUUGAAACUAUUCUUGUUAUUAAAAUGAACAAUUUUCAAUAAAGAUACGUUUACUUACCUAAAAAAUAAA